CAAAUGAACUCAUUCAUUCCUAUGACAGGUCACUACCAAGUCGUACCGUCUUAUAUUUAAAAGUGUAUCGGUGCUUGCGAAGGGACUAUACAGGUAUACUAUGCGAUCGAUGUGUAGCAUAUAAGAAGGCUUUUACUGUUUAUGAUCAUCUGGAAUCCAGGUAUACGCUCGAGUACCUGAGCACAUACGUUAGUGACACACAACUGCACCUUUUGCGAUAAACACUGUUGGCAGGUGUGCCACCCCCACACUUUUAUUUUUAUGUCCACCAUAACUAGCACCACUACUCAGCGUAGUAUAGGCCCCCACAACACUACCCUUAAGUUAAUAAUGGAGGAGUUACAGUCAUAUUUAUCGGGUCCAUCCACCGUAGCCCUGGCGCUGCUUGCUGUGGUGACUGUGGGCUGGAUCUUGCUGGCUGGGUUCAGUCCCCAAGAGCCGAACUACACGCCCCCCUUUGCAAUACAAUCCAGUGAACACAAAGCUUCUGUGAUAGUACCGGCGUAUCAGGAACAGCCGAAUAUCCGACCACUGUGCGAGCGUGUGUUCAAAGCUACACGGGCUGACGACCUGGCGAUUGAGCUGAUCAUCGUCGACGACAACUCGAAUGAUGGAUCGGAGGAAGUGGUAAAGGAGUUACAGGCUGAAGGGUACGAUAUUAAGAUCGAAGUGCGCACCAAAGUGCGGGGGCUAUCAACUGCUGUUAUGCACGGCUUUGAUAAGGCCAAGAAUGAGGUCAUGAUGGUGAUGGACGCCGACCUGCAACACCCCCCAGAAAUUGUACCCAAGCUGUUGCGGCCGUUGCUAAGCAACAAAGCACACUUUGCCAUAGGCACACGGUAUGCUGUGGGAGGGGGUACUGAGAACUGGGCCUUCCACCGACGCCUAAUAAGCUGGACGGCCACGGCGCUGGCAUGGCCUAUAGCGCCUGUGUCUGACCCUAUGACUGGGUUGUUUGCAAUCCGUAAAUCCCUGUACGCUACUGGAAGAGAUCUGGAUCCUCGGGGUUUCAAGAUUGGGCUGGAGUUGAUGGUUAAGUGCGCGCCACAUCACACGGCUGAGGUGCCGUAUCUGUUCGGUGGACGACUUCUGGGAGAGAGUAAGCUGGAGACCAAAGCACAGGUGGACUUUAUUGUCCAUAUGAUGAUGUUGUAUUGGUAUAAGCUGCCCACAUUAAUCACCUCGCCUAAGGUGGUAUUCUUCGUAGCUGCUUUAGCUAUGGUCACGAUGCAGCUAGUGUCCACGGUUUGGGAUACGAAAAAGCAUGUUUGAGGGUUUCGUCGCAGAUUGUCUCCGUUACCACUACGUUAUCUAGGUAAUGCUUCUUGUAGCGUACUUUUACCCAAGUAUAUAAAUAUAUAUAUGUAUAUCAAUAUGCAAGUUGAAGUAAAUUUAGUGUG